AUGCCAAGAAUCAUGUGGAAAGGCUUUCAUCUUUGCUUCCCAUCAAAUCUCAUCAAACCCUCCUCCUUAUCUCCCUCCGAUGCCACCGCCUCCGACGAUCCCAACCGUCCAUCCAUCCUUCUCAUCAACGACUUCAACCUCCUCUACGACGACGCCGGUCGCCACAUAUCCAAGCGUCUCAUCGACGCUGCACCUUCCUCCUCCACCACAUUCACAGCCUCUACCUCCACCGCCGCUAAUUCUUCUUCAUCCUCCGUCUCCUACGAUGACUCAGAUAAUUACGGUUUUGCUCCCGGCGACUCUCCCCCUCCAGACUUAACCGCCGUUCUAGCCUCACGCCGCUUCUUCUUCUCUUCUCCUGGCCGCUCCAACUCAAUCACCGACUCGCCGGAUCUCCGACCACGCCAUAGUUACGAAACUGCUACUGCCACGACUACUACUACUAAUAGGCUUCUCAUCGGAGGAACCGCCGUGAAACAAUACGUGCAAUCUCCUGAUCCGUACAACGACUUCCGGAGAUCAAUGCAGGAGAUGCUCGACGCCGUUACAAACACCGGAGAUCUUCGCCGUUACGAAUUCUUGCACGAGCUAUUACUCAGUUACCUCUCACUCAAUGCAGCAGAUACACAUAAGUUCAUCAUCAAAGCUUUUGCCGACAUUCUCGUCUCCCUCUUAUCGGACGGUCACCGGACAAGCUAA